CAUCCUGUUACCCAAACACCGAUUUGCUCAAACAAAUUCGUUGUUUCCAGAGAGGUUUGGGCAAACGAAAGUGCAGUCAACUUCGUGACCUCAGAAGUUUUGUUCCGUUUGAUACAAGAAACAAUACUGAUGAUAAAGGAAUACAGUCAAGCAAACCUAUCUGCACUGGAGUUUCCAAAGUUCUUUCAACAGAGAAAACAGUGUCAAGUGAACAUGGAGAAGAGAAUAAUUCAAAGAAAAAAAUGAACAUAGAAGAAGCAAUAUGUCGCCAGAACAAACCAGUGGCUUCUACUCCUGUCCCUGGAUCACCUUGGUGUGUUGUCUGGACUGGAGAUGAUAGAGUCUUCUUCUUCAACCCUUCAAUACAACUGUCCGUAUGGGAAAAACCAAUGGAACUUGAAGGCCGUGGCGAUAUUAGCAAAAUUAUACAAGAUCCUCCUCAUAAGCGCAAGAUGGAAAUGACAACAUCUAAAGAUGAAACUUCUAAUCAAGAAGCGCAUGGGGAGCACCUUAUGAAAACAAAAAGAAACAAAAUUGAGCAGGUAGAAAUUGCUAAACCGGCAAAGGAAGAAAUGGAUGGGAAAAAUCUGAAUAACACUGCACACAGAACUGUUCUCCCCUUAGAAGAACGAAUAAAUCAUUUCCGGGAUAUGCUUUUGGAGAGAGGGGUGUCUGCAUUUUCUACUUGGGAAAAGGAGCUGCACAAGAUAGUCUUUGACCCUCGCUAUUUGUUUCUAAACCCUGAGGAACGUAAACAGAUCUUUGAAAAAUUUAUAAAAACAAGAAUUAAAGAAGAAUGCAAAGAGAAAAAGAGCAAGCUACUUCAGGCCAAAGAAGAAUUUCGAAAACUCCUAGAAGAAUCCAAACUCACUCCCAGAUCCACUUUCCAAGAGUUUGCAGAAAAAUAUGGGAGAGAACAUCGGUUUAGAAUGGUACAGAAAAAGAAAGAUCAAGAACAUUUCUUCAAUCAGUUCAUAAACAUUCUCAAAAAGAAAGAUAAAGAAAAUAGAAUUCGACUGAGGAAGAUCAGAUGAAUGACAUGAGAGUGAAUUGCUCUUACAGAUUCAGUGACUAUAGCAAGAAAUUUGAAUAAUUGUAUUAUAAGAUCAUUUACAGUACUGCGUAAUACCUUGCAUCUAUUAAAAUUUAA